AUGGACAAGGUUGCAUUGGCUAACAUAACAAUUACAAGCAUAGUUAAUGGCUUUGCGAUAAAAAGCCAUAGCUAUGAUCGAACAGUCAUUGAGCCGAAAUCCCCUCUAUCAUCUCGAAGCAUCAAGGAUGCUGCGGAUUUCGGAUGGGUGAAAAGAUGGGUGGCUAUCGGUGAUAGCUUCACCGCAGGCAUUGGCGCAGGAAGGCCAUACUCGCAAAGCAAGAGUGACCGGAGUUGUUCUCGAUAUGACCUCGCAUACCCUGCGGUCCUCAAUAGACUCUUCGGGUCUGUAGUUCAGGACUCUCAAUACAUUGCAUGUAGUGGCGAUCGAUCGGUUCAGAUAUAUGAGCAAGCAAAAGCGCUGAAGGGGGACUUAAACUUGGUAGUCCUGACGGCUGGGGGAAAUGACCUGUGUCUGCCUUCACCCCUGACCAUCGAAAGACGGAAGAAAUUCAGAACUCUGGUGCAGCAUAUCAACAAGGCAACCCAAGAGGUUGUUGAAGAGAUAUCGAAAGACCCAGGAAUUGGCUAUUCCAUUGCAACUUCAGACUGGGACCCGUGGUUAAUAAGAGUUUCUAGACAAUUCUGCCAGCCGGGUUCUAUGGGGUACUAUCCUGACCCAAAAACGAAGGAGCUUCAGUUUUUCAAACCUGACACACAUAAACGAUCAUUUCUCGAAUAUCUCAUAACCAAGCGUGAGGAACCCGACGCAAAUGAGAUUGAGAGACGGCAAAGGCUCCUGACCCCCCGGGCUGCCCGGGAGACGGCAGCUUUGACUGGACGUUUGGAUUUGGAUUACCAGAUCGGUGUGGAAGAUUCUUCCACCCAAAUGAAAAGGGUUCAUGAGACGAUUAGUGCGUUCACGCUUGAGACGAUAGUAUACUUACGGUCAAAACAGCUCGGGUUGCUACAGGGCUUUUGCUCUGCCAAAUCUGAGUUCAAGUACUGGCAGAAGGAGGGCCGUAAAGCUUAUGCGAACCCAGAAAGAAUGAAUGAGAAUUACAAAUCAUUCUGCGAUGGCAUAAAGGCACUUGACAAUACCAUCAACUGGAGCAAGUCUCAGACUUUUCUUGAGGGCACUCCAAACGAGCAGACAUUUCAUCUAAGGUUGUCGAAUGAUGCUCGGGAAUACGUUAAAGAAGACUGCUUGUUUUCAUUCAACCGGAUUAUCAACGGGCGUGAUGGUAAUGAUGCCAACAACCCGAUGAACUGGAAAUUCGGAGGCAGAUGGGUGAGGGAGGAUAUACCUAUGGGAUCAAUGUCAAGCGAGAAAACAGACCAUGGCCACCGAUCAAAAAACCGCACGGAAGCUACUAUCCUGCCUAGCAUAAAGGGUUGCCUUGGGCUAGGGGUUACCGCCUUCAAGUUCAAGUACUUUGACGAGCCGGACAAAGAUGGAAUGGAAUGGGAGUUGAAGUUCCACACGCCUAUAUGGGUUCGAGCAAGGUGCUUUGGUAACAACGAGGUGGCGUUUUCUUCCGGCAGUUUCACUAAUGGAUGCGUGGGUAACGAUUAG